AUGGCUGAUGAUGUACCUUGUGAAGCCGAAGAGAGGCAGAACUUGGCUCCCGGUGGUUCACCAGAAAAUAGGAUUUCUUUGAAGCUUAUCAAGAUUCCCAAGGAAGGUGGAGAAGAAGGUUCUGAUAAAAGGGGAGGAGUGAUAAUGAAGGCAACACUCGUAUGCAGCUUCAACAGCAAAGGGUUAGGUUGUACAAAAGCUUGGAAGGGCCCGAGGAGAGCUCUCCUUGAUGAUCAUGGUAACUGGGGCAGUGAUUCCAACAAGAAUGCGACUUCAAACCUCAAGAAUGGAUCGGAGGCUAGAAGCGAAGCCAUGUGCCCUGUUUGUUCCAAGGUUUUCCAAUCGAAGAAGGCCAUGUACGGGCACAUGAGGUGCCAUCCUGAGAGAGAAUGGAGGGGGAUCAGUCCACUCUCGGCCAAGACUGGUUCUUGCUCCACUGUGUCGCAGAAAAAUGAUGAAUUGAGCCCUUCAGCCAUGAAAUCAACUGUAGUUUCAUCUGAUACUAGUCCUUCUCAGCCUCUUCUGCGCUGGACGAAAACUGGAAGGAGGGGCCAGAAUCACCCCUUGAGCUCAUCUUCUACUUCUGUUUCGUCCAGUGAUCUCAGUUUAUCGCAUAAACAUGGAGUUAAGAACAAGAACCAAGUUUCUGAACGUUCAGGAGAGAAGAAGAGGCAAAAAGUUGAGGUGUUACAACUUGGAAGCUUGAGAAAUUAUCCAUCAAAAGAAGUGAACAUUGAUGGAAGAGGGACUCUGAUGCUGAAAGAGAAGGCUUUGAUAGACACUGAGUUAGGUCCCAGACAAGCAGGCCUUGACAACAACAUAGAGGAGGAAUCAGGUAGCAAGAACACUACUGUUAGAAGCAAAAACGGAAACAAGCUCGAUCAAGAAAUAGUAAGCGAGUUGCUUCUUGUGGCACCCAGGGAGUAUAAGUGCAGCACUUGCGAUAAGAUCUUCCCAACUUUCCAAGGCUUAGGUGGACACAGGUCUAGCCAUAGUUAUAAAAACAACCUCCAAUCGAUGGAUACCGGAGAAGAAAAGUCUAAAGAAGGUGGCUCCAAGGCGGUGGUAGAUGGGUUCAAGUGCAAUAUUUGCAGCAAAACCUUCCCAUCCGGUCAGGCUCUUGGAGGCCACAAGAGGAUUCACUUUCAAGGAUCAACCCAAGCAGCACCCAGACAAGGCUCGGCCUCUGGAAAAUCCAGCAAAUGUUUGGGAGAUAAAGUGCUAGAUUUUGACCUCAAUGAGCUUCCUCCAAUGGAGGAAUGA